CCAUGCCCCCCCGCGGGCCGCGGGAGCUGCCGCUGGCGCUGCUGGAGUUGGGCUGCGCGGGCCGCUUCGAGCUGCUCACGGGACCCCCGGGGACGGAGGAGACCCCCGAGCACCGCACCACGCUGCCCCAUGGACUCCCCCCCUUCGCCCCCUCCCUGGUGUCGGAGCUGGAGCAGCGAUUUUUGGGGUCCCCCGAGUGGCUCCCCCUCCACCAGCAUGAGCGGGCCAAGAGGACGUGGCAGAGGACCCCGGACCCCCAGGCACUGUUCUCUCUGGAGCCCACCCCGGUGGGGGGGGAGCUGCGGGCCGAGCGGGACCCCCGCACCGGCGCCCUCACGGGCUUCACCGAGGAGCUGCUCCCCAACGUGGGGCUCUCGGCCUCCAACUCGGCGUCGCUGCGGCGGCCCCCCGGCCCCCCCGGCGAGGGGCUGAGGGGGGGGCUCUCCAGCUGCCCCUUCUGGCCAGGGGGGGAGGAUGAGCCCACCCUGGAGCAGAUGCAGACCCCCCAGGAGCAGGAGGAGGAGGACGUUGACUUUGAGAACGACCUGCUGACGACCCCCCCCGGGAUGAAACGGGGCGUGGAGUACAAACCCCAAGCCGCGGCGGGGGGACCCCUCUCCCUCUCCAGCCUCCUGGAGACCCUCGACACCUUCGAGCUGGGGGGGGACGAGCCCGGGGGGGGCCCCGAGGAGCCCAAGGGGGUCCCCCAAACCCCCCCCACGGAGGGGGGGCUCAGCCCCCCGCCCGCCCCGCGCCGCUCCGACAGCCUGGAGGAGCUGCUCAGCAAGGAGGAGGCAGGACCCCCCCCCGAGCCCGCCGGGCCCCCCCCGGAGCCCCCCGAGGAGGUUUGGGCUGAGAUGGUCGACACCAAAUCCCCCGUGCAGGACUUUGAGAAGCUGCUGCCGGACCCCGCGCACAAGUGGCCCUUCAGCCCGGACCCCUUCCAGCAGCGGGCAGCCCUGUGCCUGGAGCGGGGGCAGUCGGUGCUCGUGGCCGCCCACACCUCGGCCGGCAAAACCGCCGUGGCCGAGUACGCCAUCGCCCUGGCACGGCGCCACAUGACACGGUCCAUCUACACGUCCCCCAUCAAGGCCCUUUCCAACCAGAAGUUCCGGGAUUUCCGGGAGACCUUCGGGGACGUGGGGCUGCUGACGGGGGACGUGCAGCUGCGCCCCGAGGCCGCCUGCCUGGUCAUGACCACCGAGAUCCUGCGGUCGAUGCUGUACAACGGCUCCGACGCCAUCCGGGACCUGGAGUGGGUGAUCUUUGAUGAAGUGCACUAUGUCAACGACGAUGAGCGGGGGGUGGUGUGGGAGGAGGUGCUGAUCCUGCUCCCCGAGCACGUGAAGCUGGUGCUGCUCAGUGCCACCGUCCCCAACGCCCUCGAGUUCGCCCAGUGGGUCGGGCGCACCAAGCGCCGCUGUGUGCGGGUUCUCUCCACCCCGCGGCGCCCGGUGCCGCUGGAGCAUUUCCUGUUCACCGGGAACAGCUCCCGGACACGGCACCAGCUCUUCCCGCUGCUGGGCCCGGGGGGGGCCUUCAGCACCCAGGGGUACUAUGCAGCAGUGGAGGCCAAGAAGGAGCAGAGCAGCAAACACGCGCAGAGCUUCGGGGCGCGGCAGCCCACCAUGGGGGGCUCUAAUCCGGGACAGGAGCGAGGGGUCUGGCUGUCCCUGCUGGAGACCCUGCGGGAGCGGGAGCUGCUGCCCGCGGUGACGUUCACCUUCUCGCGGGGCCGCUGCGAGGACCAGGCGGCCGCCCUGGGCUCCCUCGACCUGCUGAGCGGGGCCGAGCGCGGCAGCGUCCGGCAGUUCCUGACGCGCUGCCUGGCCCGGCUGCGGGGCUCCGACCGCCGCCUGCCUCAGGUGUUGCAGCUGUCGGAGCUGCUGCAGCGCGGGAUCGGGGUGCACCACGGCGGGGUCCUGCCCCUGCUCAAGGAGGUCGUGGAGAUGCUCUUCAGCCAAGGGCUGGUCAAGGUGCUGUUUGCCACCGAGACCUUCGCCAUGGGGGUGAACAUGCCGGCGCGAACCGUCGUCUUCGAUUCCAUCCGCAAACACGACGGGAACAACUUCCGCGAUCUCCUGCCCGGCGAGUACACGCAGAUGUCGGGGCGUGCUGGGCGCCGGGGGCUGGACGCCACAGGCACCGUCAUCAUCCUCUGCAAGGGGCCCGUGCCCGACCUGCCCGACCUGCACCGCAUGAUGCUGGGCCGCCCGUCCCCUCUGCAGUCGCGGUUCCGCCUGACGUACCCCAUGAUCCUGCUGCUGCUCCGCGCCCCCGCCCUGCGCCCGCACGACCUGAUGCGCCGCAGCUUCGCCGAGUUCCCGCUGCGCCGCGACGCCACGGCACAGACUCGUCGCGUGGCCGCCCUUCAGGAGGCUCUGGCGGCUCUGGGGGACCCCGAGGGGACCCCGGGGGACAUGGGGGACCUGCCCCAGUACCACCGAGCCGUGGUGGGGCUGCGCCGCGCCCGGGGGGUGCUCCAGCGGUGCCUGGCACAGGCCGGGGGGCAGCGGGUGCUGGCACCGGGCCGGGUGGUGGUGGUCUGCACCCCGAGACACCGCAACGCGCUGGGGCUCAUCCUGCAGGUGAGCUCCGGGAGCUCCGGCCGCACCUUCGCGACGCUGGUGCUGAGCGAGAAGCCCCCCGAGAACGGGGGGGCCCCCCCAGAGCCCCCCCUGGACGUGCCCUACCCCGAGGACCUGCUGCUCACCCGCCUCUUCCUGCCUGAGGGCCCCCCCGGGCACGUGUUGGAGCAGCUGCGCCCCGAGGACAUCGUGGGGGUCACGGCCAAGACCCUGCGGGUGAACCCCGAGACGCUGCUGCAGGAGCUGCGCCCCCAGAGGGGACCCCGGCCCCGGUCACCCCCCCUCGGGGCAGGGGUGGGGUCGGCGGUGCAGGAGCUGGCCCAGCUGGCGGGGGGGGCCCCCAAAGACGGGGGGCUGCCCUUGCUGGAGGCUCUGGGGGUGCCCCCGGGCCGGGACCCCGAGGCGGUGGCGGCGGCGGCCGAGCUGCGGGCGCUGGGGGGGUCCCUGCGCUCCUUCCGCUGCGUCCACAGCCCCCGCUUCCCUCAGCAGUACGCCCAGUUCGCCGCGCGGCAGGAGCUGCUGGAGCAGCUGGAGGAGCUCCAGUUCCAGCUCUCGGACCAGUCGCUGCUGCUGCUGCCCGAGUACCACCAGCGCCUCGAGGUGCUGACGGAGCUGGGGUACAUCUCGGGGGGGGCGGUGGCCCUGGGGGGCCGCGUGGCCGCCCUGCUGAGCACGGAGCAGCUCGUGCUGACGGAGCUGCUGCUCGGCAACGUCCUGGCGCCGCUGCGGCCCGAGGAGAGCGUGGCCCUGCUGUCCUGCCUCGUCACCCCUGGGCGCGGGGACCCCCUGCCCGAGGGCCUCCCCGCACCCCUCACACAGGUACCACCAGUGUUGGGGAGCCCGGAGGGAUUGGGGACCCCCUGCCCGAGGGUCUCCCCGUGCCCCUCACACAGGUACCCCCGAGGGAUUGGGGACCCCCUGCCCGAGGGUCUCCCCGUGCCCCUCACACAGGUACCCCCAGUAUUGGGGAGCCCCGAGGGAUUGGGGUCCCUGGGGCUGCGUGGAGGAGCACUCUGGGUGUGGGUCCCUGACCCGGGGGUCCCUCCCCGUGUCCCCCCCCAGGCCCUGGAGCGGCUCCGGGGCGUCGCCGCCCGCGUGGGGCGGCUGGAGCAGGAGCACGGCCUCGGGCCCGGCCCCGACGACUUCGUGGCCCAGUUCGGCUUCAGCCUCGUGCAGGUGGUCUACGAGUGGGCCCGUGGCAUGCCCUUCGCGGACAUCGCCCGGCUGGCACCGGUGCAGGAGGGGACGGUGGUGCGGGCGAUCCAGCGGCUGGAGGAGCUGCUGCGGGAGCUGCGCCAGGCCGGGCGCGUCGUGGGGGACCCGGCGCUGGCCACCAAGAUGGAGGCGGCGGCUGCCAUGAUCAAACGGGACAUCGUGUUCGCCGCCAGCCUGUACACGCAAUAAAGGGGGCAGGGACCCCCCCCCGGCUUGAAAUGGUUCAGUCCAACGUC